AUGACACUGACAAAACCAAAUAAUUUAUUACUUCAAAGUUUAUCCAUUCAAUGUCGAACCUUUUCUACAAGUGCCACAAACUGGAAUUUGUUGCGUAGACGUCGUGGGCCUGCUGUUUCUCGUGCUUAUGCGGGAUAUGAUGUUGAAAAGUUAGACGAGUACAAGUUUGACGACAUGACUAGCGCAGGACAAGAGAUACUGUCGGCACAACGAGAAGUUCGUAAAUAUCUGCGGAAAGCUAAAUACGAAUUACCACAUUUAAAAAAAUUUGCAGAAGCUUUUAAUCCUCCAGCAGAAAAACAAAUUCUACGCUUUCAAAGAGAAUACCUGAUCGGUGAAAAAAGCCCAAUAAAGAAAAAAGUAAAAUUGACAUUCUCUCUAUCCGACCUAAUAACUCACGCGAAUCUGACGCCUGUACAAGCGCAUAAGUUUAUAUUACUGUGUGGCACGCAUUAUAAUCUACCGAAAUGGACCACGAAAUUCAAUAAGGAUGAAUUUCCGUAUCAAGGUGAAUUGAAGUUUGUUUGCGAAAAGUUCCCGUAUCAUGCUCAGAAUAAAAAGUAUUUGAGUGAUUUGUUGGAUCGAUUAAUUAAGGAGGCAAAGGAUGAGACAGAUACUUUUGAAGAUAUUCCUAUUGAUUUGCGACAUAUUAAAAAAAGGAAACCAAAACUUUGUUAUCCCAAGGAAUGGCUUCCAAAAGUAUUGAAAUCAUGA